CCUAUUAGUCUAUUCAACGAACUACUAUUGGUUCCGAGAAUAGCGCAUAUAUUCAUUUUCAAUAAGGAAAUGUUGAGACUAUGGACUUGACAGUAACUUGCUUGCUUUACCUUUUAGUGAAACAAUGAAAACGAGUCAAUUAACGGAAGACCAGUCUGAUUGUUCCAAUAUUGUUGCAUUAGGAUUUUCGAUUAAAUUGUUAACUGCACUUCAUUCUGAAAUUUAAUAUAGUUUAUAUCCGCCAUGUCUGAUUUUGAACUUUUUGAAAGACUAACAGAGAGUAAGUCUCUCUAUGAUUACUGCAUAGAGAAAACCACCAAACUGUUGGCAAGAGGAGUGUGGAGGAAGAACUCUGAAAAUCCGUUUUUAUGCUUUGCUCCCAAUAUUAUCGAAGAUUUGAUAGCUGCUGCAUCUGCCCCACAUUGUGCUGCUAAGCUAUCUGAUCUGAAACUUCUUCUACAAACUGGCAGAUUUCAAGAACUGGAAUUGUCUGAAUUUGUCAUGGAUGAAAAUCGGGACUUGUUUCCAUUUUAUUUAUCUGAAGGUGUCUGCAAGAAUUUAAAAGUGCUUAAAAUAUUACAAUCCUUGAAACGUGUUGACAUCGAAGUCAUUCUUAAAUACUGUAUCAACUUGGAAGAGUUUCAUUCCAGCAUGCUUGUCGGUUUCGGUGCCUUCAAAAAUUGUCAUAAACUUCGGAUUUGGAAGGUACACCUUUCAAACAACGAUCCAUAUUUUCUCGCCUACGAUACUCCGGAUUUCCCGGAAUCGCUAAAAAAUUUAGAAAUAUUUUCAGUCUGUAAUGAAUAUCCUUGUUUCUUGCUCUACAGAAAAAUAGCUGAAGUUUUGGAGAAUUGUCCAAAGUUAACAUCUGUUGGCAUGGGCGAUUCUUCUGUGGCAUUGAAAUAUCUCAAAGAACCAGAAAGCAAAGUUUUCAAUUUCAAGGAAUGUCACUGGGGAUAUAACUCCGAAAUUGUGUCUGAAAAUAUAAAUUCAGACCCUCUUGUUCUUUUAAGAAACGCUGUAAUUUCCUUUCCUCUUGUUGAACAGCUAAAUUUGGUUGUAAGUGAUGAUUAUAAUCUACGAUGCUUGACUAAUCUGAAACACUUAAACUGCCUGAAUAUUAAAUACACCGGUUAUAAGGAAGAAUUCUUGUCACAUCUCUAUUCCCUGCUUAGUGGAAUCGGGCAUCAACUAAGGCACUUGUCUGUGAAGGCUACCAGCUAUCAUGUGCGAGUAGAAGAUAUCUUACUCUACUGUCCUAAUUUGGAAACUUUACAGCUUGAUGCAUUUUUAUCCAAACCUAGAAAUUUAAACUGCGGUCAACAUCGACUUAAAACUUUACAUCUUACCAAAUGUAAUAAAAAGGGUUUAAUGCUUUUGUUAUUUAACUGCAAAGAUUUGGAAGAUAUCUUUAUUCAUAAUGCCAGUUGCUUAAAAGAUGAUCUCCUUGAAUUAAUUUUAGAUGUAAACCCCCUAUCAAACCUGAAAAUGAUUUCAUUGGAAGAUUGCACUCUUACAGAAGAUGGAUUGCGAAGGCUCUUUCAGUCUGCAAAGUCUUUACAGCUAAUGCAAUUUUGUUGUGGAGCUUUUUCACCAAGAUUCGAUUACAAUGAAUUUGUUCCGAACCUUACUAACGAAUUUAAUCUCAAGAUUAUGAACUAUUCAUGUGAAGACUAAGAAGAAGAGGCAGAAUUCUUUCGACGCAAGUUUGUUUGAUUCCUUUUUUAAUUCGUUGUUAGUUAAGACAUUUUCAGUUACUGUCCUGAUUUGAAAACAUUGUGGAUUGAAUGCAACCUUGGAAAUUAUGUGCAAAUUUUGAGAUUUUGAACGGCGUAUUGCGACUUAAUUUCACCUACCUCUACUAAUUUUAGGAUUGUGAAAUAUUCAUAUGAAGCCUUAGAAGACGAGGCAGAAUUCUUUCGUCGCAAAUUUGCUCGAUGCACUUUUUUUUUAAUUCUUUGUUAAUUAAGUCAUUAAGACUAUUCUGAUUCGAAAACCUUGUGGAUUGAGUGCACCCUUGGAAAUUGUAUGCAACCGUGAGAGAUUUUCACCAGCAUAUUGCGAGUUAUUUUUACCUACCAGUUGUACUAAUAUUCAAGUUUUUAAAUAUUAUUAUUGUGCAACAGCAAACAAGCUAUUUUGAAGGAGAAUGACUUCAAAUUUCAGGUUUCACCAAACCAGAAAAUAGUGGACUACAACUGCUAUUCCAUAUCACAUUCAUAUUCUUGAUUUAUUAAUUUCAUUAAACUAUUGCACUCCAUGAAAGGGUGGAGUACAAAAGUCUGAUGGAUUCAGUCAGCGAUGUCAAUGCAUUUUACAUGGUUAACCCAUCAAGAAUCGAUUGCAAUUAAUUUUUUUUUAUCUCAUUAAUGAAUUGAAUCUCAAAAGCGCUGUAAGAAAGGCGGGGAGGGGAAGACUCUUUCGCCUCGUGUUUAGUUGUGUAGCUUUUACUUUAAUUCUUGCUUGCUAAUAUUCUUUUUGUGUAUUCAUGUUGUUUGGUGUAAAAAUAUAAUAAAACAUAUAAAAUAAAUGUCCAUUGUGUUUGAAAUAAUAUAUAUAUGUAUGCAUAUGUGUAUUUUGAUAAAAUUAGAUUUUUUCUGUAUUGUAAUAUUAGAGAGUUGAAUACUAAAUAAUAUGUUUAUAGGUGCUAGAUGUAUAAAUGAUCGAAUUCUUCAUAAUUUAUAGAGUGUGUGAUGGUCAUAUUUUGCUUAACGCGUUCAUUAAUUCCCUCUAUUAUCCUUCAUUUUUGGAAGAUUGUUUUGACAGAUUUAGA